GAACCCACAUGGAUGCUCCCUGCCAUUUCCACAAGGGAGGCUGGACGAUGGACGAGAUUCCAAUUCGAGCGUCUUAUAGCUGAUGCGGCUCUUGUGGACAUAUCUGAGCGGAGCAGCCGGGACGGGGACGCCACGCUGACCCCGGCUGACCUGGCCGAGUGGCGGGCCGUCCACGGUCGCUGGGUGUACCCGACCAUCCUGCUGGUCCGCACCGGGUACGCCGCGUACUGGUCCAACAGAACGCGCUACUUCGGCAUCAGCCCAAAAGAACCGGACGUCCGCCAUUUUCCAGGGCUGAGCGCGGAGGCGGCCCGGGAGCUGGCCGCCGACUCCGCCGUGGUGGGGGUCGGCAUUGACACGCCAUCCGUCGAUCCCGGCAUCAGCCACGACUUCCUCGCUCAUCAGAUCCUCUUCAGCAAAAACAUAUACGCGCUGGAGAACUUGGCCGACCUGAGCCGGGUGCCAGCCUCGGGAAUCCGGAUCCUGGCUAUGCCGAUGAAGAUCGGGGGCGGCAGCGGCGGCCCGUGUCGCGUGGUCGUCAACCUGCCGGCGCAGCCUCCGACGGCAUGAGAUGGCCGCAUUCUGCCAGACUGAGACCAGAAUUAUCUGACCGUGAAGGCGGAGCCGAAACCACGAUGGAAGUGCAAGUCAUCACCGGCGAAAGCAAUAAGGCAGGCAGUGUGAAAUUUGCCGGUUUUUGUUGUCGGAUUGGUGUAAAGCACUCGCUGGCGUACCUGAUUGUUUGCUCGCUGUAGCACGCCAAGGAUUGGUGUCCAGUUUGCCGCUAGAAGUAUACUUUGCCCGGCUCUUCGUGUGCGCAUGCCUGCGUUUUUAGGCGUGAGGACCAGACCAUGCAUCCCGCGAUAACCGUCGUCCCGCCUUUUCGUUCCAUCAUUUCUGUCGCAAUAAUUUUCCAAGUAAGCUUGUUUGGAUGACAAACACCGUACGAGCCUUGAAGCUGGUGUGUGCUGGAUUGAGGAUUGCUGGUGUUUGUCGCAGCAUUCUGCAUUUCUCUGGCGCCGGCAGGUCGUAGUGUUGGAAAGUAUUCGAACGUAAGUGAGAACGCAGCACAGUCAGGACUGGGGGUGCGUGAUCCUGACGGACCGUGACAGCAUACCGACUCACCGCCGUGUUCCCGGGGCUUACCGCCCCACUUAUGUGACCAGGCACACACGAGAGAGCGCUGGUAACGUGGCGGGAUGCUGCAGAAUGAGUUUUUUAGUAGUGGGAUGCUUCGCAGCAUAAUUUUAAAAUAAAUGGUGAUUGGGUUUCA